UUAGAGGCGGGGUGGGGUGGGGGGCGGCUGUACGGCAAAGGAGCCGUCAUGGCGGCCGCCGUGGCGCUGUGGGUCCGUACGGAGCCGCCGCUGCUGGGCGCGCUGCCGCUGCCGCCGCCAGCCCGGCUGGGCCGCCCCUACCUGCGCAAGAUGGCGGCGUACGCGCGGCGCCGGGCGGCCGAGGGCUGCUUCCCCCGGCUGCGCUGGGCGAGCUGGCGGCACAUCGCCUGCGGCAAGCUGCGGCUGGGCCGCGGCCUGGCCUGGCUCUACUUCCAGCGCUUCCUCCGCCUCCUCCCGGCCCCGCCGCCCCGCAGCCUGCGGAGAGCGGAGGCGGAGGCGGCGUGCGGCAGCGCCGAGGAGCUGGAGAGGGAGCGGAGCAAGCUCUCUGUGGACACGCUGCGGUUCCUGCUCUUCCUCUACCUGCAGCAGCUCAGCCGCCUGUCCCUGCGCACGGCGAUCCGAGGCGAGCAGUGGCCCAGCCCCGCAGCCCCCGGCCCGGCGGGGAAAGGAGCCGGGCAGAGCAAGAAGCGCUUAAUCAUAGCUGAAGGUCUGGAGCAGAUGCAGCGAUUUUCCAGCAGAGCAGCUAACUGGAACGACCAGGACCACCUUGCCUUCGUGCUUGCCCACCUCUCGGACAUGCUGGAACUGCUGCUGGAGCCGGAGCAGCUCAGCGCCUCCUCCCACGCCACCAGCAACAGCUUGGUGUCUUACGAAGCCGUCUGUGCCCUCAGCUUUCUCAUUGAAGGGACUGUGGAGGGCUCUGGGACCGUCCAUCCUCUGCACGAGCUUGCCCUCUGGCAGCCCUGUCAAGAGAAGAACGGCUACUCAAAGAGCAACAACGCCUUCUCCUUCCCCAAGCUGGAGAGCUGGCUGCGCUCCUGCCUGACAACAAACCCUUUUGGAAUGACUGCCUGCCUCAGGUCUGGGAAGAAGCUUGCCUGGGCACAGCAAGUAGAGGGAACAACCAGGAGAGCAAAGAUUGCCUGCAAUACUCCUGUGGUGCCGGAGGUAUUCCCCAUGGUGAUAAUGAGCCAGGUGUACAAACAGACGCUGGCCAAGAGUUCGGACACCUUGGUGGGGGCUCACGUAAGAAUUCAUCGCUGCAAUGAGUCCUUCAUUUAUCUCCUCUCUCCUCUUCGCUCUGUGACCAUUGAGAAGUGCCGGAACAGCACUUUCGUGCUCGGCCCUGUGGAGGUGUCCGUUCACGUCCACAGCUGUGACAACGUCAAGGUCAUCGCGGUGUGCUACAGCUUGUCCCUUUCUUCCACCACGGGCUGUACUUUCCACGUUCUGACGCCCACCCAGCCCCUCAUCCUCGCGGGUAACCAGGCGGUCAGCCUCGCCCCGUUCCACACGCACUACCCCAUGCUGGAAGACCACAUGGCUCAGGUGGGCCUGGCCACCCUGCCCAACUACUGGGACAGCCCCAUGCUGCUGGGCAAGGAGAGCAGUGACACCAGUGUCUUCCGCCUCCUGCCGCCCUCAGACUUCUACACCUUUGUCAUCCCGUUUGAGAUGGAAGGAGACACCACGGAGACACCGGGGGGGCUUCCCCAUGCCUAUCAGAAGGCACUGAGUCAGCGGGAGCAGAAGGUACAGAUCUGGCAGAAAAUGGUGAAGGAGGCGUGCCUGAGCAAGGAUCAGAGGAAGCAGUUCCAGAUGCUGGUGGAAAGCAAGUUCUAUGAAUGGCUGAUUCAGACAGGGAACCGUCAGCAGCUGGAUAGCCUUGUCCCUCCUGCUGUGGGCUCCAAGCAGGCAGCAGGAUAGCAUCGUGUUCCUGUGCAACAAAAGGAAAGGAAGGAGUUGUAGGAAGAGAAAGCAAUACCCUGAAGGCGGUUCUCAUCACGACUCUGCAGCUGUCACGACUGAACACGCUUCAUGUGGAUCUGAUGCCCAGCCUCGGAGUGGAUUUGGACAUCUCUCUGGUUUAGGAUUUCAGUUGCUGCCACUUUUCCAGGAAUGUGCUGCAACUAUUCUGUGGGUAACUGAGGAAGUGCAUGCUGCUGGAGGAAGUGCCUGCCCUGCUUGUCGCAGGGCAGCUGGUGCCAGGUAGCAUCCGUGGUGUGCAGGUGUCCAACGAAGGAGCCUCUCCUGGUGUGGCGCUGGGCGUAGGGCCCUGGCUGUCCCACACAUCCUUAUGAUACAAGCCAGCUGCACUGUUUUUAUAAAUGUGAAAAGGAAAUGUUUUGAUUUUUUUUUAUGAAUGAAAUUCUAUAGAUUUUUUUUAAAUACGAAGAUGGCACUUAAGCAAUGUGAUUUUUGUGGAAUUACCUUUCUUGUACGUUUGCUUUGUUUUGACAAGUGUCAAUAAAAUAGAGUUCUCAGAAAA